CAUACACACGCGCACACAUAUAUACACGCGCACACACAGCUCACACUUGUUUGAGGUUUAUCUCAUCCGGACUUAGCAUUGAUUUAGUUUCUUGAAUGUAAUGAUGAUUGGACCCAUUUUAUUUAAUAUGAAGCACUGCACUCUGUUCCUGUUCCUCUUCUACCUGAUGAUCACUGCCUGUUUGUCUUUAAUGCCAGGCUUCACGACUACAGUAAUUGAGCUCCAUCAGCCUGCUGCUUUGUCCUGUGAAGGAGGAUGUUCAGGUUCAGUGAAAUGGAUGAAGCUGAGUGAAAAGGUUGUUGUGGCUCAGUGUAAUGAGACGUCCUGCAGCUCAGAGGAGGGCUUUAACAUCUCUCAUGAUCAGUACCUGAAGGGGAAUCUGUCUCUCUCCAUCACUGUAGCUGAUUACAGUAAACGCGGCUGGUACAGGUGUCGGUGUGGAGACAGAGCCGUGUGUGAUGCAAGUCUACGCAUUAAAGCCGUUGGGUUCCUGCACCAGAUCCCUACUGGAGAUUCCCUGGUGCUGAAUUUUCAGAUCCCUGAGCGUUUGAAGGUCGUGUUAAACAGGAGUGCUGGUGAAGGUGGUGGUGGUGCUGGAGGAGCUCAGAGCUUGGUCUCGGUCCCAGUUUGUAGUGUUGAUGGACGUACAAUUCAGGCUGCUGAUGAAUACAGGAAGCGAGUGAAACUGAACUGCUCUCUGACUCUGAGUGCCACGCAGGAGGCUGACGGUGGUGUGUACAGCAUUCAGGACACUGAGAAUGAUGAGGUUAUCUCUACACACACUCUCAAACUCACAGGAAAUGACACAGAAGCCAACGACACAUUGCAGACCAAAGGUGAAGCAGAGAGCUGGAACCUGAGGAGGAUCUAUAAUGAGGAGUUCAGAGGCUUGGUGGUGGGAGGAAUAAUCGGGGCUGUCAGCAUGGCUCUGGUUUUGUUUGGUAUUGGUUGGAUAGUAAAAGGCUUCAGACAUAUCAAUCAGAAAAUGAGAAGAGGUUCGAGAGGUGACUGUCAUCACAGCACACACAAUUCUGAUCCUGAAGAAGACACCAAGCUUCCAAUGCAAGAGAUUUAGAUUUCAUCCAUCAUGAUCCAUCCUGUUAGGAGCCAUGUUUUAGCUGUUUCACUGGGUUUACUCACAAACACACACACCGUAGGUUUAUUAUGAAACUCUGAAAUGUUCUGUUUAUAUAAAGGACUGUAGUGAGAUUGUAAAGUAGUGAGUCACAGGAAACACCACUAGCUGGUUCUCUGUCUGUGUCGAGGACGUGUGUUCCUGCUGAACCACACACACACUCCACACAGUGGUGCUGAGAUCAGACAAUCCGAAUUUACUGCAAAAAAAGUACGAAGCUUAGCUUGUGUUUAAUUUUUCUGGCACAUUAAAGAACUCUUGAGUCUGAGCCAGUCUACAGCAUGCAAUAAAUAAUAAAACAAUAAUUAGCAUUAAUAGAGAAGAGCACAGCACUCCAAACAAUCCGACUGCACAGAGAGUCAACAUUAAGCUUUUUAAUUGUUUUAGACCGUAUAACAUUUAUAUGGGAGAACUUUAUUGACAGUCAGGACACUGUAUGCUAGGAUACCAAAACUUUUUGAGCCAAGUGGAUACUAGCAUGUGACAUUUCACGUCAUUGUGCUGAGUGUUUUGAUACAUCACAUGUCCAUUUUUUAUUUUGGGGGCGGGGCUGCACGUGAUGCAAUGUUGUGGAAAGUUUUUUGAUUUUGCAUAUAUUGGGGCGGGGCUGCAGGAAAACCAGAAGGCGGUCGGUUCUCCAGUUUAAACCUUUGCCCAGAGUAUCACCCUAAAGAAUAUGGUGUUUGGUGUAGAUAGCUCAAAAGCUUUCCGAGUUAUAAACCUCUAAAAUUUAUGGGUGUCAAUGGCAAAAAAAUGCCACUUUGAAACCCGGUACCGUGAGUACCGGUACUCGGAUCGCUUAGAAAAGUAAUAGCAACAAACUUCAGACCUUCUACGACAUCCGAUUUUGGUGCAUGCAGCUUGAAAGCCCAAGGAAGAGUUACUCUUGAUAUAUUUUUGUCUAAAAAGAAUAAACAAUUCAGAAUGUUCUUCUUCAAGCCAACAUAUAAAUAACUUGUAUGUAAACAGAUUUAUUUAUGUCAGUAAAAUGUCAUAUGUUUUGAUUAUAUUUAUGUAUUUAUUAUAUAAUAAUUUAUUUGUAUUUCUUAUAUAAUUGUAAUUUCAUAAAAAAAAAUUUAAGAUUAA